AUGCCUGGGUUGCUGGUCAUGGCGCUGCUCUCCGUGGGCGUGCCCCUGUCGCUCUGCGUCGUGCCCGCGCUAGCGCGUCUCACAGUCUUCCCCUUGCUCUCAGCGCUCGUGCACAAGUUCGCCGCUGCGUAUUUGACCGACAGCGUCCGGAUUGAGUUUGCCGUGGGCUCGUUUGCCGUGCGCAAGCGCCACCAACGCGCCGACACGGAGCUCCUGCGUGGCCUCACGAUCUCGCUCUUCUUUGUGACGUUGCAGCGCAAGUUUCUCGAGUCCUUGGCGUUUGUCGAGCAAGGACUCGCGCCUGUGGAGCUCGAGCGCGUAGCGAUUGAGAAAAUUGUGAUUUACGUCGCGACGACGUGGAAAGUCGUGGUGAAGCUGGAGGGCGUUACGGUGGACGGCCGAGUCGUGGAUCCUAAUAGAGAAAACGUGUUUGAGCUGCAAGACGCAGUGGCUAUGAAGCUGGCAGAAGCAGCGAAUUGGAUCAAUUUGCUGGAUAUCGAGCGGAAGAAGACGGAGAUGAGGGAGCAGCAAGAGGAGACGCAAGCUGCACGCGCUCCUGGAGCGGCAGUCCAAGCCUUUUGUUUGAAAGAUCGCGUGCUACAGCAGAUUGCAGCGCAGGUGGACAUUCACUUGAGCAACUUACGAGUUGCUAUUACGGGACUGACUCCUGGAGCGGCUGCGGUUGAUGGCCAUGAUGAAGAAACGGAAGAGAAGAGCGAUACGCAGGCUGAUGGAGCUACGAGUAGCUCGACAUCCGGACCUUUGAAACCCACGUGCGUGAGCUUUGCUCUGGACUCGUGCGACUUACUGUCCGAUAUGCUGCAUGAAAAUGCAGACGAGGCGUUGCAGUUGAUUUUGACGUCGGAGGAGAUCAAGGUGGAGCACGCGAUGAGCGUAAAAGGUGUGAGCCUCUCUGCUGCUGCUGUCGACAGUGAGGACGGGAAUGAGAAGGUCGUAGUGGAGAAGAAAGGAGACUUGCUGAAGGGUAAGAGUGAAACCAGCCCUGGCGGAAUGCCGCUACUGUCCUUCUCAAGUUUCGAAAUAAAGCUGCAAGUGCCACCCAUGCCACGAGUACUAGGUAUCGUGGAGAAUAUUGCUCCUAUUCCGAUGACGAACCGUGAGGCACAAGUGGACCUAGUGUCUUCAUCGAUAGUUAGCAUCUCCAUAACGCGUGAGCUGCUGGUUGGGGUGCUACGCGACCUGUUCGUUCCGUACAGUGACCACCAGACUCUGGUGCAGUCGGUGCGGGCAUUGGAGCACGACGAAACUGUACGCAAACCCAUCUCCGAGGAAGACGAAAAGUUCUAUGUAGACAAUUUCGACAAGGUAGACAGCAGCAAGUCUUUGUCGAGCCAAGAGAAGAUGGAGUACAAUAACAAGUUGCACGCACUGGAAACAGCAAUGUCGCUCGACAGGAUUGUCAAGCUUCGCAGCCAGGCGACUGGCUUAGCGAAGUACUACCGUGGUGACCAAAUUGAGCUUUCCCUCGCUGAUGUGGCUGCAGUAGUGCAAGAGAAUGCAAGCAAGACGAACAACAUCAUGUUCAGGGUAAUGCAGAUCGCAUUGCGCUCGGAUAGUAUCGUGAUUGGGUUCGUUGAAAGGGGUUGCCAGGUUUCAGAGAUGGCGGUGGUCGGCUUUGGCGCCAACGUACGCUCUUAUACUAUUGCUGAAGGUGAUGAAAAGCAGAAGCUGGACGUCGAUCUGGUCGUGGGUCAAACGACGUUCCUAGUAAACGUCGAAUCUUCAGCUUCGAAAAAUGGCCCUUCGACAGAGAAGCUACUGUUUGCAGACUUAAGCGAUGUGGCUGUCGAGUCUGAUGCGGCAACGGCGCCACAGAUGCUGGUGGUCCGCCUAAGCCAGUUCGAAAGUGGUAAACGUAAUGUUUGUGCCAGUUUAAACAAUGUAAAGGUAGUGCUAGCGGUGGGUGCGCUAGAACACUUCCUGCUAUAUGCUGACCGACUGAGCACAAAGUCUACUCAAGUUUUGUCGACAGCGCGCCCGCCCCCAGCCCCAGCUGCUUACUCUGAGUCGUUGCCUGCCCCGGUGGAAAUUGCCAAAAGUGAGAUGGAAACAAUGACGAAGGAAGCACCGAUGUCUCCAUUUAGCUUGCUGGGUGGUAUGCUGCUUAAACUUGACGUGAGCAUGAGCGAUUGCCGCAUCCUCUUGCUCCCUGCUCCGUCGUAUUCAAAGUCGCUGUUUACGGAUAUUGAUGUGGAGGCAUGGCAAAACGACGGCGAGGUGGACUGUCACGUGGAUGUACCACUCACAUUCAGCAUUUGCCUUGAUAGCUCGAAAGUAAAGGAGGUGAUGGAGUUCAAUGCUCGAAGCUUUAGUAUCGGCGCGCAAUACGUUCAUGGUGCAAAGGAGAUGGAAAUGAUCGUCGCCCCGACAAGCGUGGCGUUGCAGUUUACGCUAGAACAAGACGCUGUUGACUCCUUGCUAUGCCGCCAGAGUGUAAUGGUGCACAUGCCAGAUGUCGUAGUGUCUGGGUCAGACUUAAGUUUGUCCCUAUUGGCGUCUUGUGCCGAAGCACUUGGUAGUGUACAAACUACCACGCCAGACCAAGCCCGACUUCGCCUACUGAGCCGUAUGAAGCAAAAUGAAAUUCGACGUCAGGCUGAAAUCGAUAUGGUUCUUGACAGAUUGCACCGUCUCUUCGACGAAAUUGACGAAAACAAAAAUGGCCGUAUUGAACUGGGCGAGCUCCUCCUGUUACUGCGUCGUGUCAAGAUUGGUGACACGUUGUUAGAGAGCGAGUUGGAGUAUUUGGUUCGCGCACUCUUUAGAGAGAUUGACCAGGACGGAGACGGGUUUCUGGAAUUCCAAGAGUUGCGAGCAUACUUGCGUGAUGACCUUUUGUCGAAUGAAAGUGCGGCAGCUUCAGCUUCCGAUAUAAAGCCAGCAAAUUGUAGCAACGCUCUCAGCGGCUUCCUCAAUUUACGUGGAAGUGAAUACCAUUCGUUUGAAGUGAUUAACAAGAUGUGUGAGACGAAGAUCACGUUUUCUGAGCAACUCGCAGAGUGGAUCAAGCGUCCUGUAUUCGUGGAAAGAUUCUGGGAAUUGUUUGAGAGCGAAGCUCACCUCACGAAACGCUCCCUUGGUGAUCAGAAUCCGUUGGAUGUGCAAAAGAAGUUGGUUCGUUUGUUGAGGAACUACGAUGCCGCCAAUCUUAUCUGGGAUGCGUUGGUUCUACCUGCGAUGGAAGACGUUUGUACAGACCGUUCUUUUUGCGAGUGGUUGCUGCAGCCGUUUACACGUUGCGGAGGUCUCAGCGAUUACCAGAGUGCCGCGAAAGUUAUUGCCAAAAAGAAACGCGGUAUAUUUAGCGCAGCCAUGGAGGAAGCAGAACACCUGGUCAGCAAGCUUACGCAGAGCGCCAACCCGGUGAAGAAGAAGCUAGAGCUCACUACAGACGUAAGAAUGGGGAACCUUCGACUUGUUCUGACGGACACAGAGUUGCCUGCUCGCUUCUGCCGAGGUGAUUUUGUGAUAAAGGAUGUGAAGUUAUCAGUAAGGUUUGCAGGGCAAGAAAUUGAUGAAGUUGGUCCUGUGGAUUGGAUAAGUUUGGCUACAUCCGGCAAUUCCGACUGGACGGGCCUGUUUGGUUUUAAGCUGUCGUCGUCCUGUUACAGUGAAGCUGCUGAGAACAUGGAAUUCAUAAUUGAGCCAUGGGAACUUGUUGCGGGUCUAUCUUCUGGUGAUGGCGAGAAUGGGUUUUCGGUUCUGAUGGAGGCCGCAAAACGAUUCCAAAUUAAUGUGACCCCGAGUGUUCUAAAAACUUUUCGUGCUCUGAUGGAUGCCAUUGACGGAGAAGUGCAACAAAAUGGUUUGCAAAUGCAUCAGAAUAGCUUUCACAGCUCUGCGAAAAAGCACAAGGAAAAUGAUUGUCUGGUGCAAAAUUAUACCGGGUGCACGGUUGUGUUGAAACUGAGCGGCAGCGAUGAUGCGAUCACGGUGAAAGCGCAUGAUCGCGUUUCUAUCACAAAUGGUGUUCUGAAAGACGGAGAGGCUAUCCUGGACUCGAUCGAAAUUGAUCAAUGGGGCUCUAGCAGCCAAUCGGUGAAGCUGCCACAUUUCGGCAGCGUUAAUGUUGGUGUGAGCACCAUAGACGCCUCACAAACAACUCUGUUCAUCACAGUAUUUUCGCGAUUGGAGAAUUCGAGGCGACAACAUAUAGUUCUGCGAUCGAACACGUACUUCUGCAACCAUAGUUCGGAAAGUUACGAAGUGAGGUACUUAAGUUUGGGAUGUGAGGGGAGGAAGGCGGUGGAAUCUCCAGUAAUAACGCUGCGACCCAAUGAGCGCAUGGCGUUGCCACUCUCACUAUUGAUGGGAAUUACGGAGUUUUAUGCGCGUCCUGUAAAUUACGAGCACUGGAUCGUUAAGACUUCUUUAAACAACGACAUUUUGACAUCCAAGGAGGCAAUCAAAGAGCUCGACGAGCUCGAGGCAGAGCGUAAUGGGAAAACGAAGCAGCACCGAGGCGGUGCUAUUGUGUACGGUGAGACCGAGGAGACAUGCACGAAGAUGAUCCAGAAACUGACCUCGAACGUAAUUGUGCGUCGUUGGUACCUUCGUUCGCAUUUUGAAUGGGAAAUAGCACUGCUUCCUCCAUUUGUUGUCCGCAAUUCGCUUCCGUACGAGCUGGAAUUUCGGUUUAUCGAGUACAAGUCAAGUCCGUUAAAGGACGUGAAGACCGAAUUUGCAAAAGUAGAUAAUCUCUUACGUCGCGAGGGAUCUGUCGAACCGUCCACUGGAGUUCUGAGUGGUGUGGUGGAGUCAGGCCACGACGCUGAGGUAUCGGGUGUUAGUGGGGGGCAUCCUGGAUACUUGUCCAUUCGCCUCAUUGCCAAAGACCGGACUACAGGCAAGCAGGUGGCGUCGCCAUGGUCAAAACCGCUCUUGAUGAUGGUUCACAAAGAAGUCGAGCAGUUUACGACGAUACGGGAAAGUAUCGAAGCCGAUGCCGGUGUCAAGUUCAAUAUCGAUCGAAUUACUCUUCCAGGUUAUCCUCGUCUCGUGCGCUUUUCUAUUCCGUAUUGGAUUGUAAACAACUCGUCACUUGCGUUUGACUACGCAUCCACCGAGCCUGGUGCGAAGCAAACUUCGCUUACGGCCAUGAAUGUUAGUGUGCCGUUCAGUUACCCUGUCAUGACAUCUUUGCCUCAUGACCGCCUAAGCCUAAAGCCUGUUGCGAAUCUCAAUCGUCGACCGAAGGCAUGGGUUGCACUUGGUGAUAUGCCGGAGACAGCAUUCAAAGCCUCUUCGAUCUCCGAGCAUGCACUUGAGAGUGCGCGGUGGUCAAAACCGAUAAAUACGACCGCUAUUAAUACAAUGGGCGAAAUUGUGUGCGGUCCGAGCAUUUUCGGCGUGAAAAUGGAAGGGCUGUAUGGCGAUUUUGAGCCCGGAGUUUCGCUUACAUUGAGUCCCCGGUAUUUCGUCCAGAACUGUCUCAGCCAGAAGCUGUACGUGCAGAGUUUUGCCUCGCACGACACUGACCCGCAAAAGGUUAACGAAUUGUUCCACACGCGAGGUGUCGACGUAGUGAAGCAGUUACAUUUAGCGCUGGAGGACGGCCAGACUACACCGCUGUACCACUUCGAGGCUUUAAAAAGGCAUGAGUCUCUGGAACAAAGUCAGCGCUAUGUUUCAUUCUCAUUCUCGGAGGAGUGGAGUAACGAUGCUGACAAGAAGAAUUGGUCGUUUGCGAUUCCAAUUAAUACGGCUGGAGACGUGUACUUACAAGUGUACUCAUCGGUGCGCCAGCGUCAUUUAAUCUGUCAAGCAAGUGUGCAAGUGGUGGACAUGUACGUUUAUGUCAUUUUGACGGAUGUGUCGUGCGCACCGCCGUACCGCAUCGAAAACUACACCCCGUUUACGGUGACAUGCGCUCAAUUGGGUGAGUCGUCUAUUUUCAAAACCGGGCAAAAGGAAGCGGCCGCCACCAUUGUGCCUGGUGCCUGGCACGCUUUCGCCUGGUUCAAUCCACUCUCAAAGGAGCGCCAUGUUGAACUCUGUCUUUCACAUUUGGAUGCGCCAAAAGCGCAGAAGAAGAAAUAUGAUAUUGACUAUGUUGGCCACUUGGACCCUAUUACCAUGCGGGUGUCCCAAGACGGGGAGAAACCGCACGCAGUCGUGUUGACUGUACAAGUCGUUGUUGAGGAGAGUACGCGUGUACUCAAGAUUGCUGAGAAGGAGCUGGAGCUAAGUUUGCUUGAAAAUCAGGACUCGAAAGGAGAGGAAGAUUUACGUCACCGGCGUAUGCUUUUCGUGUCCUCGUUUGACAUCGCGUUUAAUGGUUUUGGUUUCUCGUUGCUGGAUGGGUUCCCACAGGAAGUAUUUUUCGCUUCGGUGGACGUAAUCAAGGUUCAAAAAUCUCCAUCCUCGCUGGAAUGGACAUUUUCAGUCCUGCACUGCCAAGCAGACAACAUGUUGUCGACCGCAAAGUUCCCGGUAAUUAUGAACCCGGUAAAUGCAGGUUAUAGUGGCAGGUCUCUUGGAAAGGAACCUGAGCCAUUUCUAAAACUGGUCGUCGAUGCGGAUUUGGAAGCUCGUAUGGGAACGUACAAGCUUCUUGAGUUCAGCUUAGGUGACUUGGCCGUCAAGGUCGAUAUCGAUUACUUCGUCAGCCUGAUAAAGCUACUAGAGCCAUACUUGGUUUCAGAUGCGACGAUUGCACACCGCUCGAGGCGAACGCUGGAGGGCACGCUUGAUCGUCGCGCACCACCCAUGCCCAUAAUGUUGUCAACUGCUGAUGGCGGCGUACGAACGGAUUUGGUGUACUUCGACGUCUUGCGCAUUUCGUCAUUGUCCAUCGAAUUAGAGUAUUCAAUUACGCGGAAAGAUAUCGUAUCGUCUACCGGUGGUGGUCACUCGGUUAUUUUCGGCUUUUUGAGCCAAAUUAUUGGUCUCGUCGGAUCAAACUUGAGUGGCUCGCCUACGUUCAAUUUCAGUGAGAUAGUGAUAGUGCGUUGUUUUUCGACGAAGGAGAGACUACAGAGCCAGCUGGUCGCAAAUUACGUGCAACAGGGCGUGAUGCAGGCGUACCGUCUCUUUGGUAGUGCGGACAUCAUUGGCAACCCGAUCGGACUUGUGGAAGACUUGGGUUCCGGUGUGGUGGAGUUUUUAAAGAUCACAAAGGGUGAGUUAACUGGCGGUGCCCAGACUCGUGGUGAAGGAGUAAAGGUGUUGGGCAAGACGAUUGUGAAGUCAGGCGCCUCUUCUGUCGCGAAAAUCACGGGCUCACUGGAUAAGUUUGUUGGCGAGUUCGCAGAUGACAACACAGGGGACGCACGUAGUGGCGAUGAUUCGAGCUCGAGUGACAACGCUGGGAUCAAGUUUGCGAAGGACCUCGGUCGCGGAUUCACUGGUAUAUUCACGAAGCCUGUCGAAGGCGCUAUGAAGGGUGGCGUGACAGGACUUGUGCAGGGAACGGUGCAAGGUAUCACGGGUCCCGGCGUUGUCUUGCUGAAGGGGCUUACAUCGACUUCUCACAGUCUUGCAUUGGGUGUCCGAUCCACGGUCGUGGAUCGCUCGCCGUUUGGCGGCCGCCGCCGGAAUCCGAAACGUGUGGAAAAGGGCAGGCUGGUCGCAGAGUUUGACGAAAGUCAUUACAAACCGGCCCUUUUGAAUCUGGAGGUGCUCGGUGCAAAUGGCCUGAACUCAGAUAAGUCAUGUGACCCUUUGUGCGUUGUGCGGAUUGAUGGCGUGGAUGUACUGAAGACUGCAGUGGUCUACAACACGGUGAAUCCAGUGUGGCACGAGAACGUGCAGUUGGCACUCACGAGCGACGAGGACGAGGUGCAAUUCGUGGUGAAGGACUCGUAUGGUGGUACUGUAGCCAAGACAAUCGGAAAAAGUAUUUUGAGUAUGGCACAGCUACAGGAUGAUUUCAAGCCGCCUGAGUACUCGUCGGAUCUUGCGGAAUGGGUCCAUACGCAGGUAAAACCUGGAAACACCAAGAAGAACGUGAGCCACGUAAUCGAGGAGAAGGAUUAUUCCCUGGUGAUGCUUAACACAAAGAAAUCGAAGAAGAAGAACCAUGCAGCGUCUUUGGGAGACGAGGCACACCAAGUCCUUGUUACGGUUGUGUCUCUACGAGACAUGAUGGUCACAAGAUCGACUGGUAGCGGCAUGCUUGGUUUCGGCAAUUUGGGCAGUAGCACACCUAACAUUUCGCCCUACAUCUCAGUGCAUGUUGGGAAGAAUGCAAACCGGACGAACACUGCAAAAAUGUCGUUCUCCAAGAAUCAAAAGAAGGAGCAGGUGGGUCACGCAUCGUGGGGGGAGAGUUUCACGUUCCCGCUGACAGCUAAGGACCUCAGUCGUGGUGGUGCCGACUCGAGGCUGGUCGUUUCGUUAAAGGACAAGAGUAUGAUUGUAGAUGCGAGACUGGGGUCGGCAGUUAUGGAGAUCGAUGCGCGGACUAAUGCAACAGAAGAGAUGGUACUAAAGGACGAGUCCGACAAGCCAAUCGGAUACCUCACGGUGAAGGUCGAGGUUACCGGCUCAGCUACAUCGUCUCGCUCGCUGUCGUUCCAGUCGAUCGAGUCUGUUGACGAUAUGACGUUCUUACCGUCAGACGCAGUCAAGGCCGGCACCAUCCGCGUAUCGUGCAAGUUCGAGUAA